AUGUCUCGGUUUGUAAACCACUUAUCUCUUGACGAAAAAAUGGCAUUGUUCUUACAAUAUGGUUUAUCAGAAGAUUCAGAACCAACUACUAAUGAUGAUGUUAUCGCUCGGGAGAUUCAACAAGAAUAUCAAAACAAUUUGAUGUUUGACGAUGUUGCUAUUGCUUUGGAGAUUGAGCGAGAAGAAGUAAGUUAUUUAUAUGAUGAUGAUGAUAUAUAUGCACGAACAUUGCAAAACAUAGAGGGUGAUCUGUCGACUUCUCUGAGUGAUGAUGAAAAACUUGCUCGAGAUUUGCAACAACAAAAUGAAUCGGCAAAUGGUAUUGACGUGGAUGUCCAGGAAACCCAUCAAUACCAACCCAUACAAGUAAUUCAUCCGUCAAUACCUCAACGUGAUGCUCCCUCGACUAGUAGAGCAUUUUUUCAUUAUGAAGAUGGUGAUCACUUCUCGGGUCAUCAUACACAUACUCGUACCUCUUCAAAUAUUUCAUCAAUUAAUUCCCAAAAUGUUCCAAAUGAGAACAUUGAUCCCGCAAAUAUGACGUAUGAGGAAUUGAAUGAGUUAGAAGACUCGAUUGGAGAUGUCUGUAGAGGAUUAUCGCAAAGGAAGAUCUCCAAAUUGCCUACUCACAAGUAUGGUAGUAAAACCAAAACUCGGUGGUGGCAAAUUAAGAAAAAUAAAUUCGUUGCAACUGAUACUCAGUGUUCGAUAUGCCUUGUCGACUAUGCGAAUGGAGAUAAGAUAAAAACUUUACCGUGUAAUCAUAUCUACCACAAGGAUUGCAUUUCAAAUUGGUUGAAACUGAACAACAUUUGCUGUGUUUGCACAGCGGAGGUUGCACCAUAA